UACUUUUAGUAUAUUGAGUGGUUGCUUGUUUGCUUGUUGCAAUAAUAUAAUAGUAUUUGCUAUUGAUAUGUUUACGAAAACUGACAUCUUCAAAGUAAUAGAUGUACCUCUAAAUGAUUAUUGCUUGUCUUGGCUCGCGUCAAUGUUAAACAUAAAAGAUGUCGAUGUGUCAAAAUGGCCGAUCUUAACAAAGAACUAAACGAAUAUCUUCUUAGUAGUAAAAAUGAAAAGCAAUUCAAGAUCACGGUGCCCUCGGUGACGAUACCGAAAGCACAGAUUGGAAGAUGGUUUGGAAGAACCACCGACGACGACAGGGAAGAGACAGGAUGGAUGCAAGGUGCACAAAAAGAAUGCUGUCCUAGUAUGACGAGAAUUCAAAGGCUAGUAGCAUUCGUUCUGUGCUUUUCCAUGGGCGUGUUUUGUUUCUGUUUAUCGGCAAUGUAUAUUCCAGUUUUAUUACUCAAAGCAAGGAAGUUCGCGCUUCUGUAUUCUUUGGGCAGUGCUUUCUUCUUAUCGAGUUUUUGCUUCCUCUUGGGUCCAUUAAGUUACCUGAGAUCGUUAUUCACUGCUGAAAGAAGGUGUUUUAGCGUGACCUAUUUUGCAACUCUAAUAGGAACGCUCUAUUUUGCCCUGCAUUUACAAUCUACACCCUUGACUGUGCUAUGCGCUGUUUUACAGUUAAUAGCUAUGUUGUCUUUCUUGGCCAGUCAUAUACCUGGAGGAACUAAAGGUUUGAUGUUUUUUACAAAAAUAUUUAAAUCCUCUGUGAAAUCUACGUUACCUGUAUGAUAUUGUAGUUAUUUAGGCAUCAAAUACAUGUAUAAGAAAUGAA